UGUUGUGUUUCGGGUUUCGUGAAGUCAGUACGCAAUGCAAUGAAUAUGAUAUUCGUGAAUUUUAAGUUAAUAUAAAAAUCCAACAUACUAACAUUCCGUUCUGACACCACUGCUUUGAAAGAGGUUCUUGCUUUAAUAUGGAUCGGCAAGAGGGGGACACUAAGUACUGUGCAAACUGCAAACGAGACAUCACUGCUGCAAACUUCGAGCUGCAUCAGAUACACUGUCAGCGGAACUUGAUACUCUGCCCAAAAUGCAAGGAACCGGUGUCACGAAAUCGUCAGAAAGAACACGAGGAACAGUUGCAUGCACUCGUUACCUGUGUAGAUUGCAGCGAUCUCAUUGAAAUUGGAAAACUAGAUAGUCACAAGGAUGAAUGUCAAAAGCGAUUAGUGGCAUGCUGUUACUGUGACCUAGAAGUGCAAAUGGACGAUCUCGACGAACACGAGUCUGAUUGCGGGGCGCGAACGGACGCGUGCGAGAAAUGCGGACAGUACGUCAUGAAGAAGGACUUCAUCAAGCACGUCAGAGCCAACUGCAACUACCCGAAGACGGCCGCGACGCGAAGGUCUCUUGACGCCGUCGACGGCAACUUGUUCAACGUGCUCCACGACGAGCAGCUGAUGGAGAACUACUACAACGAGUGCGUGAUGGGCAAAGCCGCGCUCCUGUCGGCCGACACCGCGGAGGCGGACCAGCCGAACAACACGCGCAGACGCACGUGGAGCGGCAGGGGUUCCGUGCCCGUCGUAGACAACAUCCACAGCGACGCGGAGCCAAGCGCGGCGGCGAAGGAGAAAAAUAUCAAUCGCAUACCGACGGUGGAGGCGUCCGCCUACUUUGGGAAACAUAUCGAGGAUGACGUCAGAAAUAUCUUGCCCGACUGCCAGAGAUCUACAAAUUUGGAAGCAGAUGCUGCUUUGGCAUGGCAACUAGCAACCCAAUUAGAUCUUGCAAGAGAUUUGUACGAUGACACGCAUCUAGGAGGGCAGGAAGUGGAUCAACACAAUCUAGUGUCUCCUUCUACGCCAUCGCCAAAUGUAUCUGAUGAUGAGACAGGAGAACCUGCCCUUCCCUGUGAAUUCUGUUGCGAACUGUUCCCAUUUGAUGACCUAAUUCUUCACCAGUCAGGAUGCACACCAGACUUGGCUCAAAAAUUUGUGAAAUACCAGAAGGAAAAGGAUAAAAUGAGCCCACUAAACAACAAGAUCAAUAAAAGCUCCGUUCAAGCUGAUCCCUGUAUACUUGACAACCUGACGUAUGGGCGAAGGUCAGAUACAGAAGGUAUCGUAAAGGAUAUCAACAACUCGAUACCUUGUGAAUUUUGCAACGAGCUAUUCCCAGUGAACUGUUUACUGCAGCAUGAGACAGUGUGUCAGCAUGUGGUCGGAGCGUUAGACUGUAUACCAUAUUCCAAGCCAGUAAAGAAGAGCAGAAAUGUGCCGAUAGAGGAAGGGAGCUCCGUCUCACCUCCGCUUCGGAGGCGAGGUCAGCCAGAUCCAGACGUGAUGAUCGCAUCAGGCCUGGAGAAUACCUCGCCACACUUACGUGGCAGCACUCAGAAGAAGGAGCUGAUGCGCAGCUCAUCUUUAUCCAUGGAGGAGCGACUGAAUAUAAGAAGCUCAUCGCCUGCAUCGCAGAAAGAGGGCACCACUGUACCCAGCAUGCAGCGGAAUAGGUCGUCCCCUGCGAUAGACACAGCAGCAGACUUUCCGAACUCAAUGGUGAAGGCUCAACGCUCGCAGCCUGCCCGACUGAAGACCACUGUAAACAACACAAACCAGUCACGCCAGAUGAUGCUCGGUGUACAAAACCUACAGAAGGGCGACCAGUGCAGGCAGAUGGACUCACAGAGCCAGCAGGAACAGGAAAAUGCAUCGACGUCACCAAAGCAGUCAGCAGCAGCUGCACAGCUGCCAUCUAGAACAAACACUACAAACUCACUGAUUGGAUCAUCCGAAAAGCGAAAGCAGAAGUCACAAUCCAAAAAAGUGGCCAGCGUGCAUGUGAAGCCAAACAACAUGCAGGUGAAGGAGUCAUUUUCGGGAGCAGAAGAACUUAAUAGGACAUCUCUGAACAGAACUAACAUGGACAGAAUUCGUAGCCCACCAACAGGAGCAAGACCCAAGCACCCAAAACCGCCAGAGGCAGCUGGUGUGGUGCACCCAAGCUCGGUGCAUACUUACCCUGGUGGUAACACACUUGGUAGUGAAGCUAGCGCAAUGCCAUCUGGUGCAGCCACCGGUGCUGUGCCUAAACAAAAGUAUGUGGCAAUCUCAAUUCAGCCUGGUGUGAAGAUGUCUUUUGGAGGCACCGAAGAUCCUUGUGCUAUCAGUACUCUAAUGAGUAUCGGGUCCAUCUCCCGUGACAAGAAUAAGAAAACCAGCAAAGCUCUUUCUGACCACAUCAAAAAAACUCUGGGUGUCCCCUCUGACAGGAUGUACAUUACCUUCUACAACGCUCCAAGCGAAGAUGUCGGCUUCAAUGCUGGAACGUUUGCUUAAAAACGGGCACCAAGAGGUCGGAGUAAUCACUAGUCAUCUUAGCAGUAGGCUGCUGGUAGCAAGAAAUCCUUACAAUGUAGCAUUAUGUUGUUCCGCUCUUUCAUGAUAUAUGUGAUACACGUAUUACAUAUAUUAUGCUGUCAUCUUGUGGAAGUAAAAGUCACCCUUAAGUAAAUUGUCUUGUUUAUUAUAAAAAGCCCAAAUCAUGAUAUCUAAGGAAAAGAUAUUAGCUUUGAAAAAUCAUUUUGGAAUUUGGCAUAAGAAUGUACAUGGAUUAGGUUACAUCUAAAAUUUGAAAUAAAACAAUUUUUGUAUGCAUGCUAACCCAUCUGGCGAGGUUAUACCUCAAACAAGAAAUUAUAAGUGUGGCCUAAGAAAUUUGUUGUGCUUGUUUGUUGUGAAUUUUUUUUUAAUUAGUUUUGUUUUUGUUUAAAAUACCAUUUAUCCCUACCAUAGGUGCUUGUAUGCAAGUAGAAGUAGUUACUGUUAGCAAGUAGUCAAACUAUCUGUAGUGAGGUGAAUUCAAUGUAAGGCCUAAGUAAAAACAUACUGGAGAGUACGGAAACUACAUUAUAGGUAUACGUUUGUGUAAGUGCAUCCGAAUGUAAGGAAACACUGAAAAAUUGUAUCAAAACUUAAUUAUUCAUGGAUUAUGGUUUUAGACACUGUGUGAUAAAUAAAUACGAAUCACAAAAACUUUGUUUAAAAA